AUGGUUUUAAAUUCUGAAACCGAACCUUCGAUGUCAGCAUACCAGCAGUUGCCAAAGGAGAAGGAUACAGAAGAAGAAUUGGAUAACCAAAAGCCCGAAAUCGCGGCCAAUUGCCUCGAGAUUUUUACCGAACUGCCUCCAGGCGAUGGUGUUGGAAGCGAAUGGAACGAAAGUGAUCUUGAGAUUUCCGAGCAUGAGCCGUUACUUUUUGAAAACUAA